AUGGGACAUGCGAAGUUUGCGGCGGAAACGUUCAGGAAUACAAAGUUGCCUUGUAUGGGGAAAUAUGUAAUAUUGGAUUUUCUCGGAAGUAAUAUUUUUAGAGCCGCAAACUUGGACACCGGAAAGGAAGUGAUAUGCAAGGUGUUUCACAUCACUCGUUAUUGGGAAUCAUUAGCCGCCUACUUUCAAGUUCCAGCUCACACAAAUCUAAACCAAAUUAUUGACACAGUUAUUGGGGACACGAUGGCCUAUGUAUUCUUUGAAUACAGCUAUGGAGAUCUACACUCUUGUCUGAGGUCCUUGAGAAAAUUUCGAGAGGAUGAAGCUGCCAGACUAUUCCAUCAGAUAGUUUCAGCUGUUGCACAUUGUCAUGAUAAUGGUGUUAUUAUGAGGGACCUUAAGUUGAAAAGAUUUGUCUUCAAGGAUAAAGACAGGUCUUACUUAAAGCUUGACACUUUGGAGGAUGCAUACCUUAUGGAGCAGGGAGUUGACUCUCUUCCCAGAAAACACGGAUGCCCUGCUUACAUAAGCCCUGAGGUCCUUGAAGCAGAGAGCAGAUCCUCAGGGAAAGCUUCAGAUGUGUGGUGCUUGGGAGUCAUGCUUUACACCAUCUUGGUGGGACACUAUCCUUUUAAUGCCAUUGACCUCAGUUCCCUCUUACAGAAGAUCAAACGUUGUAAAUUUAGUCUUCCAGACAUACUGUCUCCCAAAGCCAAGUGCCUCAUCCAUAACAUCCUUCGACCAGAUCCCGUGGAACGACUAACAGCCAGAGAAAUAUUGGAUCAUCCUUGGUUUUCUUCCAAUAAUUGGACUGGAAACAUGGGAGGGGACAUAUCUGAUAAAGAGUGUUGCGAUCAGAUGGCAAAGCCUGGUUCCUCCUGA